AUGAAGGCAACCAAGAGUCCAAUCCGCGCGGUGGCUACAUGGGUCCGGCGACAACCACCAAAGAUGAAGGCCUUUUUAGCGGUUGCGCCUGGGAUGGCGGCUCUUUUGUUCCUGAGGAUGGUCGUGGAAGAUCACGACAACCUCUUUAUUGCUGCCGAGGCUGUUCAUGCUCUGGGCACCUGUAUCCUAAUCUACAAGCUUAGCAAAGAGAAAACUUGUGCUGGUACCAUUUCUUUUCAAGUCAUACUUGAGGUGGAUCCAUUGGGCUUCUUUGAUUUUUUUGACCAUCAUUGGGAACUAACAGCUAUAUUUUUAGCUGUAAGAUUGUACGGCAGCUUUGUCAUGGAGUAUGACAUACAUACUCUACUUGAUACAACAACAUUAGGGACAACCCUUUGGGUUAUUUAUAUGAUUCGUUUUAAACUGAGGUCAAGUUACAUGGAGGACAAAGACAACUUUGGAAUCCACUAUGUAGUAAGCCUUCAUAUUGAAAUUAUGGACUAUGAUUAUUAA